AUGAACACUGCACUCCCCCUCAACACUGGCGCCUCUAUCCCCGCUCUUGGCCUGGGAACAUGGCAGUCUGCGCCUGGUGAGGUGAAAAAGGCCGUUGUCCACGCCAUCGAGGCUGGCUACAGACACAUUGACUGCGCCUACUGCUACCAAAACGAGGACGAGGUCGGCGAGGCCCUGCAAGAUGUCAUCUCCAGGGGUAUCGUCAAGCGCGAGGAUCUCUUCAUCACCAGCAAGCUGUGGUGCACCUUCCACACUCGUGCCGAGGAGGGUCUGCUGAAGAGCCUGGAACUACUCAAGACCCCUUAUGUGGACUUGUACCUGAUGCACUGGCCCGUCCCCAUGAACCCCAAGGGAAACCACCCCCUCUUCCCCAAGCACGAAGACGGCUCCCGUGACAUCGACACAUCCAUCACCCACAUCGACACCUGGAAGAAUCUUGAGUCGCUCAUUAAAUCGCACCCGGACAAGGUAAAAGCCAUUGGCGUAGCCAACUACUCUGUAAAGUACAUGGAGAAGCUCCUCGCAAAAGCCACCAUCGUGCCCGCCGUCAACCAGAUUGAAAACCACCCGCUGCUGCCCCAGCAGGAGGUCGUCGACUUCUGCAAGGAAAAGGGCAUCCACAUCACUGCCUACAGUCCGCUGGGCAGCACAGGAAGCCCGCUGUUCAAGGACGAAGUGGUGAAUGAGGUGGCCAAGAAGCACAAUGUUGGACCGGCCGUUGUGCUGUUGAGCUAUCACCUUGCCCGCAAGUCCUCGGUCCUAGCCAAAUCUGUCACGCCCUCGCGCAUUGACGAGAACCGCAAGCUGAUUACGCUUGAAGGCGAGGACAUGCAGAAGUUGGAGAACAUCCACAAGGUCAAGGGUGUCACGCGUUAUGUGUACCCGCCAUUUGGCGUCAACGCUGGAUUCCCGGAUAAGCCAGAGGGCAUGGAUCUGAGCGGUUGA